AUGGAUAAACUUCACAAGCCAUUCAAAUGUCCUGGUUCUGCCACCCCGACGCCAUCAGCCGACAGACCGGCUCGGAAGCGCAGAAAGGUCGAUUACAAAGGCGCCGAUGGUGCAAUGGAUGCAGGCAGCCCUUACACGAAUGAUCAAAGACUGGCCCUUGCAACAAGGGACGCGAACCGUUUUCCCAUAUUUCAAGCGAAGGAAAAGGGUGUCGUUUUCCGCAAAGCAUUUUCAGUGCCACUCAAGAACAGGGGCGAUACGACCUAUAAUCCAAAUCGCCCACCUCCAACACUUGGCCUCAGACAAGGCAGGGUAUUUGUACCCAAGGCACUACACGAUCCAAGUGGCGAAUUUGCCAUUGUUCUCCACGACCCGACGGUGGAUGAUAAACCCAAAGCAGAAUGCAAAGCGGAGGAGCCAAAGGCAGAGGCGCACGCUGAUCAAACGGGCAAGAUUGGAGCCCCUCUUGUUCACAGGAGUCUCGCAGAAAUCCUUGGGAUCAGGAAAAACGUGACAGAGAAUCACCCUCGAGUGCCUGUUGUUAUUGACCCAAAACUGGCCAAAAUACUCCGCCCACAUCAGGUGGAGGGUGUCAAGUUCAUGUACAAAUGUGUGACUGGAAAAGUGGACGAAAAUGCCAAUGGCUGCAUUAUGGCCGAUGAGAUGGGGCUGGGGAAAACGCUUCAGUGCAUCACAUUAUUGUGGACGCUGCUAAAGCAGUCUCCUGAUGCUGGGAAGUCGACGAUCCAGAAAGCUAUUGUUGUCUGUCCUGCCAGUCUCGUGAAGAACUGGGCGAACGAGCUCACGAAAUGGCUUGGUGCUAAUGCCAUCCAUCCAUUUGCCAUCGAUGGGAAAUCUUCAAAGGAAGAGCUUACACGACAACUGCGACAAUGGGCUAUGUCCAGUGGACGCUCGGUUACCCGGCCUGUAAUAAUUGUUUCGUAUGAAACAUUGCGACUCAAUGUCGAGGAGUUGAAGAACGCCAAGAUCGGCCUUCUUUUCUGCGACGAGGGGCAUCGUCUGAAGAACGGCGAUAGUAGUACUUUUUCCAGUCUCAACAGCUUAAAUGUCUCUAGGCGUGUCAUCUUGACAGGCACACCUAUCCAGAACGACUUGACCGAAUAUUUCUCUUUGAUCAGUUUCGCCAACCCGAACCUUCUCGGCACACGACUGGACUUCCGCAAGCGGUUUGAACUUCCAAUCACAAGAGGUCGAGACUCCGAGGCGUCAGAAGAAGAUCGCAAAAAGGGAGAUGAGUGUACGGCAUCGCUUCUGAGCAUCGUUAACAAGUUCCUUAUUCGUCGAACGAACGAUAUCCUAUCGAAGUACCUCCCUGUCAAGUACGAGCAUGUGGUGUUUUGCCAUCUCGCGCCCUUUCAACUCGAUUUGUACAACUACUUCAUCAAGAGCCCGGAGAUUCAGGCGCUGCUAAGGGGCAAGGGAAGCCAACCCUUGAAAGCAAUAAACAUACUCAAAAAGCUUUGCAACCAUCCGGAUCUUCUUAACCUGAGCCAAGACUUGCCUGGUUCAGAGAAAUGCUACCCGGAGGAUUUUAUCCCCCCGGAAGCACGUGGUCGUGAUCGCGAACCGAAACCGUGGUAUUCCGGGAAAAUGCGAGUUCUCGACAGGAUGCUAGCCCGAAUCCACCAAGAUACGAACGACAAGAUUGUUCUUAUCAGCAACUACACUGCAACACUGGAUCUUUUUGAGAGGCUUUGUCGAGCCCGACAGUACGGCUGCCUCCGCCUGGAUGGCACGAUGAACGUGAACAAGCGACAGAAACUAGUCGAUCGAUUCAACAACCCAGAAGGAACCGAAACUGUAUUCCUUUUGAGUAGCAAAGCAGGUGGCUGUGGUAUCAACCUCAUUGGUGCAAACCGACUGGUUCUCUUCGACCCGGAUUGGAACCCAGCGGCUGACCAGCAAGCCUUGGCUCGUGUAUGGCGAGAUGGGCAAAAGAAAGACUGUUUCGUCUACCGAUUCAUCGCGACGGGAACCAUUGAAGAGAAAAUCUUCCAGCGUCAAUCUCACAAACAGAGUCUGUCCUCGUGUCUGGUCGACUCAGCAGAGGAUGUCGAGCGGCACUUCUCACUUGAUAGCCUACGUGAGCUGUUUCAGUACCAGGCAAACACCCGAUCCGAUACACAUGACACUUUCAAAUGCAAGAGAUGCAAGCCGGACGGUAGACAGUACAUCAAGGCACCGGCCAUGCUAUACGGCGACACCAGCACAUGGAAUCAUUUUGUUAACAGCGGUUUGAAAUCCAUCCAAGAUUUGCUGCUGCGGCAGGAGUGCGGGGAAGACGUUAUUUCUGCCGUGUUCCAGUACAUAUCUCAUUGA